ACUGGUAUUGUUGGAUGAGCGUGUGAUUGAAGAGGACUCUAUCGGCAGCGACCACUGCAAGUCUAAAAAUGCAGUAAAGUCAAGUUUCCUUGGGGAAAGAAUAAUCUAUGCAAAUGCGUUUAAUUUAUCAUUCACGCGGAAUUAAAGCGAACGUUCUUUGUCGUCGUAUUAUUCACUGUUAUAUCGUUAUAUUAUCCUUUUCUUUUCUUCCUAGCGGCGCAGCACAUUAUUCCAUGCUGAAGGAGAACAGUCUCUGAACGACUUCCUGUCAAAAGCUUCGUGUAGUUUUACUGACGCAACAAAGCCCCGCCCCUCCCUAUAUAUAUAACCCGUUACCCAGGAUCCUCUCUUCCUCUUCGCCAUAUUAGCCGGCGCCAUGAAGGUUGAGCUGUGCAGCUUCAGUGGCUACAAGAUCUACCCGGGGCACGGGCGGCGCUAUGCCAGGACUGAUGGAAAGGUUUUCCAAUUCCUGAAUGCAAAAUGCGAGUCGGCUUUCCUUUCAAAGAGGAACCCUCGUCAGAUCAAUUGGACUGUUCUUUACAGACGGAAACACAAGAAGGGGCAGUCAGAAGAAAUUCAGAAAAAACGUACUCGCCGUGCAGUGAAAUUCCAGAGGGCUAUCACUGGUGCCUCUUUGGCUGAAAUUAUGGCCAAGAGAAACCAGAAGCCCGAAGUACGAAAGGCUCAACGAGAACAGGCAAUUAGAGCUGCCAAGGAAGUAAAGAAGGCUAAACAGGCAACCAAAAAGGCUGCCCCUGCAAAGGCACCAUCAAAGACUGCACCUAAGCAGAAAAUAGCCAAGCCUGUAAAGAUGCAGGCUCCCCGUGUCGGUGGAAAACGCUAAAUGAACUUCUUCUGAACAUUCUAAUAAAUGACUGUUUUGAAAAACA